GGUCAACCAUCUGCUUAACGAUACCAUUGACAUCCACACCGCCGAAUUCUACGAUACCUCAUACCUCUCAUACCCGUGAUCAGAAUGAGUCGACCUAUCGAACAAGCCUUAAACAAUCUAAUACCCCGCCAUCCCGGUGCCCUGCCACCGGAGCUUAUCGAGCUAGCGCGCUCUCUCCUCGCCCAGUCUCGCAGUAUCGCUAGCACGCUAAAAGCUGAGGAGGAGAUUGGACGAACCUAUGCUUGCGCUAACAUUGCCUGUGAGAGGUAAGAUAGGCGAAAAGGCUUGCGCGUACCCACGUAUUCUCAAUGGCUAACAAAGUAGGCUGAAAACGACUCUUGACCUGCCCCCAAUCGAACCUCGCCCUCCUAUUCCCCCUCGUGCCUACGCAAAACUAUAUGGCUACUUUGACCGAGCUCUCACAGCUUCCAGAAGGAAACCGAGAGCAGAAAAUCCCGUCGACCGAAAGUCAUCAGGUUCAAGUACACCCAGCAAAUCCCUAAAUAGAUCAUCGCCAGCUUCAACCCCUCGGAAACUUCCACAAAAGCAAACGCCCUCAAAAGCGACCUCGUUAGAUCCUUUCAGAAACCAUAGAGCGCCAAAGUCAGGAUUGAGGUACGCAAGCAAUGCAGAUAGAGACGCGAGAAUACCGAAAUGGCUUGCGCCUGUGGUAAGGAAGAUGUGUUCAGAGCUUGGUUCGAGGAAAGCAAUACCUCAUGUUCUUGCUGGUGUAGAAACUAUUCUAUGCCUCCCUUCAUCGAAUCUCUCAGAGGAGGAUGCCGCAAGACCCCAGCCAGGAGAAAAGAUCCCAGCGUUGGUGGCAGCGGUAUGGAUUAUUGUUGUACAGCACUUGAACGAUCAGGAUACAACUAAGAAGGAAUUCAAAGAGCGAAGGAAUAACAUUCUCGGGCUAUAUGAGACAAUAAGGGAUGACGAGGAAGUCAUCGUCAAAGUUGGCGGCGAGGGAGAUGAGCUGUGGAACGGUUGGGAGGCCAGUGACGCUAAAAGUAUUCAAGCAUGGAUUAUGUCGAUCACGACAAGGAAAUGGUUGGAGAUGGAUUGGUUUACCAAUAUUGAGGACGGCAACGAGAAUGAAGUUGACCUUCAAAUGCAAACUGAAAGUGAUACCUCUGCUGGAUUAGGAAAGAGGAAAAUCGGGACGACGAUGCAAGAUGAAUAUGAUUACUUGAGCCCAGAGAACAGGGAGCAAUAUCAAGCUUGGAAAGAGGCGAUGCUGGCAACGAUUGAUGAUUUGAUCGCGGGAGGGAUUAUGGAUAUGGAUGUCACUGAAGAUUGAGGCAGGAGAUGGUUUUGAAACCACUCAAGUCAGGAAUUUAGCUCUGAUAUUCUUAGGAUACAUGUAUAUUACAAUCAGACUAGAAUUGAAUUCAUU